AUGGCUGAUGUUGCUCCGAUGCUUUUCCCGAUGUACACAGUGCCUCUGCAGGCCGUGUUAAAGAUGACGGAGAUCCGCCCGCAUGAGCACCUGAAGGCUGAUGGUGUGCUGGUUGAGUUUGACAAGAGUAAAGGUCAGGGCUUCUUCGUUUCUCACCAGUGGAUUGGUGGGAGCCAUCCCGAUCCCGAGUUCCGCCAGUUCAAGGUCUUGCAGGAUGCGCUGCGCGGCGUUCUGUCGGACAUGAAGAGCAUCCCGAAGGAUCCUGACAGCGAGGCGAAUUUUCCGAGUGCCAAGAGCUUGUCGACUUCUAGACUGCGGGCGUCGCCACUUUUUGUGUGGUACGACUAUUUCUCCUGCCCGCAGCUGGAGAACAAGCAUUUCUCAAAUCAGACCAGCAACCUCGCCAAGGCCGUUGACAGCAUCCCAGCCUAUGUCGAAAGGUGCGCCUUCUUCUUCGUCCUUUGCCCUGUCCUGGACAGCCCUGAGUUGUCGAAGGUCUUCAGCCCUUUCAGCUGGGCAGAACGGGGCUGGUGCCGCGUGGAGCGCUUUUGCCGAGAGCUCUCCCCAGAUGGGACCUACGUGUUCAUCAAGACGUCUAAGGUGAUGGAGGUCGCAGCCUACACAACCUCGCUGCGUGAAGCGCCGGGCGAGGGCAUUUUCACAGUGGACGCUGACCGCCUCAGGCUGGGGCCUGUUCUCAUGGGUGCCAUCCAGCGCAAAAUGCUACACUUCCUGAAGACCCGGGACUUUAUUGGCUACCGCUUGCUCCUGAAUUCGCAGGCCGCUCUUCUCAGAGGCUUUGCCAUGGAUCCCAAGUAUGAGCCCAUCCCUGGAUUCGAGAAGACAGGCGGCGCCGAGGACGACGAGUCCCUUGCAGUGCCUACGUUCCUCUAUCAGAACGGCUUUACAAGCGUCCAGGAGGUCGAUGCGGGCGGCUGGGCUCCUUUGCACUACGCAGCCUUGCGAGGGGAUGUGGAGCUCCUACGAAGCUUGCUGGCGCAACGGGCUGACCUUCGGGCCAAGACGCGAAAGGACAGUCCGACCGUGGCUGGUGUGCGCGGGAUCUCCGCUCUUGCCGUCGCACUUUCCCUCAAGAAUAAUGGGGCUGCUCGCUUCCUCAUCUCUGCAAAGUCGGAGGUUGGAAAGUAUGACCUUGGCAUGGCCAGCGCCAUGGACAACGCCGAAGGCGUGCGCAUGGUCUGCGAGGCAGGGUGCAGCCCAGAUACCCGCUGGAUCUUUGACGUUCCGGUCUUUCUCACAGCUUGUCAAUGGGGUGCACUCGGAGCAAUGGAAGAGCUGUUCAAGCAAUCAGGCAACACCCUGGAUCUCUCACAAGGCCUCCAUUUCGCCAUCAGUAUGAAGGGCGGUCGCGCGGAGUUGGUGCAGUGGCUGCUUGAUGCGAAAGCUGGUGUGGACGUGCCGUACCAAGUUCCUCCAGCCAUGAGUGUCUUCGGGAUCUUCUUCGCGAUCUUCAGCCUUCAGCACCGACUCGGAAACAUCACGCCGACCUCCAACUUGUGUUACCACUCUGAAGGCCGCAGUCCACUGAUAACUGCCUUUAUGGCUGGAAGCUACGAGGCCGCUGCUGUGCUGAUCUCUGAAGGAGCAAGGCUGGAUGCAAUCACAGCGCGCGGCCUUACGGCUUUGGACUUUGUGCAGGGGCAGUCCUCGCCAGACUUCUUGAUCGAUGCGUUCAAUGGGGAUGACAGUGGAUGUAGACGGGUCUCCUCCCUUGCACAGACUGUGUCUGUCAAAUACUGA